UUAAGAGUACAUCACAUCUUUCUUAGUAUACACUUAUGUACAUCAUUGGCAAUCCGGUUUAAGUUUUUUUAUACUCUUAGCUUUUUGUAAUAUGCUGAAAGCGUCCUUUGUUGUACUUAGCAUGUUGUUAGGGGUCGUAUUACCAAAAACAUCUUAAUAUUUAUACUCAAUGUAUCAUCUAUCCGUGUAUACCGUCUAUCGAUGUAAUCCGAAACAUGCCGAAUAACGAUCACGUGAACGGGUACCUGCACUUCGGAUUGUUUAUAUUCAUUCAAGAGAACUGUCAGCUACAAACAUUUGAAGAUCGUGUCGUUUCUGCGCGUAAGAAUUCCCCAGAAAUUAAAACAUAUACCAUCAUCAUGGAAAAAACAAAUCCUAAAACGGCAAAAGGGGGGAAGAGGAAACAAGAACAGUCUUCGCAACCUCCACCAAAGCACAACAGACUGUCCACGUUUCCUGAAGAGACAAUGUCUAAAGACGAAGAUAUGCUGGCGGAGAAUGACGGUAUCCAGGGUACUGAAAAAAAAGAAGAGAAUGCAACACGAAACGAGCAAACUGUCAUGAGCGAUGAAGAGUUUGAGAUAAAUACUGCCACAGAUCAAGAGGAUCUUGGAUCGAAUGUCGAUGAAGAGGAUAUAAGUCUACGAGGUUACCAAGAGGAGUUAGCAAAAGAGGGUUGUGAGGGUAAAAAUGUCAUAGUUGUUGCUCCUACAAACUCGGGCAAAACCAGGGUAGCAUGCAAAAUUAUGCAGGUUCACCUAAGACAGAAAAAAGCAGAAAGAAAGAUGGGUCGUAUUAUAUUUCUUGUCGAAAACGAAGCUCUAGCCAUUCAGCAAGGAGAAGUAUGUGCAGAACUACUUCCAACUUACAGGACAAAAGUGUUCAGCGGAAACGUCCACAGGUUGAAAAAGCAAAUGCUCUGGGAUUUCCUUGAAAGAAGAGACAUCUUUGUUGUAACGGCACAGCUUUUUUUGAAUGCUUUAAAAGCAAAGAACAUUGAAAGCGUCAGAGAAUUUUCUCUGAUUGUGUUCGACGAAUGUCAUCACUCAAACAAACAACACAUGUAUAAUGAAAUUAUGAGCCGAUAUCUUGACCUAAAACUGCGGGAGAAAGUUGAGUCUUCUGAACUGCCCCAGAUUGUUGGACUUACUGCAUCUUUGGGCGUUGGUGGAAAAACAGAAAAGGUUCAGGGAUUAAAUCAUAUGAAAAAAAUAAUGGCAAACAUGGACGCAAAGUUUCUCUGUACUGUUAGGACGCCAGAUACAAUUGAGCAAUUGAAACGAUUUGCGAACCCGCCGGUUGAAGAAUUAUUGCCCGUACAUGGAAGAGAUGUCGACUUGUUUAAAAUUGCUGUACAGGAAAUAGCCAAAAACAUGUUUGACUAUAUGACACAAGCUCCAGCUGUACGGGAUGCUGCUUCUAAUGACAAAUUUAUACAGACGAUAUGCAGAUUUCCAGCAUCAUUUGGAACCGAAAAAUACCUGCAAUGGAAUGCGGAUUUCAUGAAAGCUAUCGCCAAAGUCGAAUCAAAAGACAUCCGCCGAGUGAUCAAUCCUCAUCGAAUACAUUUAGAAAUGUACAACAAAGCCUUAAUGGUUCAUCGUGAUGCAAGGAUAAGAGAUGCAUUGGACAUUCUUAAAGAGUUUGCAGAACCACGAAUAGAAACAUUCGCCAACGAACCAGAGAACCCCAAACUGAUCAAACUAGAGGAGAUACUGUUAAGGGUCCUUUCCAGUAACCAGAAUGCCCGUGGAAUCAUAUUUGUGCGAACAAAGGAGUUGGCUCAAGCAUUGGUUAGAUGGGUGAACGAAACAGAUAGUUUGAAGGGACUUAAUGCUUCCGAAUUCACCGGACAAGGUGCUGCAGCUUCGGAUGGAGGGAUGACAAAGAGUGGCCAGAAAAAUGCGUUGCAGUUCUUUAAAGAUGGACAACACCGACUUCUUAUUGCGACGUCUGUAGCUGAGGAGGGUCUUGAUAUAUCUAAAUGCAACCUUGUGAUUCGCUAUGAGCAUGUCACUAAUGAAAUCGUCAGACUUCAAUCUAGAGGGCGGGCGAGAGCAGAAAAUAGCUUGUACUAUGUUAUUGCGGAGGAGGGGUCUUGGAUUCUGGAAAAAGAAGAAAGGAAUUUUCGGUGUGAGAAACUUAUGGAGAAAAUCGUCCCCGAUCUACAAUUGUUCAUUGAAGACCCUGCAAAUUUCUGGGAGAGGGAGCUCUUAGAUAUUCAAGAAAAAAUGAAACGGGAGGAGGAAAGACAAGCUCAACAGAGAGCAGUACACAUGGCAACUACAGGUGCCCGCUUUGAAUGCUUCAAUUGCAGUUCUCUAAUUUGCUUGUCCGACGACAUUAGAGUCAUAAAAGGGGCACAUCAUGUUAUCAUUGAUGAAGAAGCAAAACGACGUCUUAUUCUCAAAAAAGGGGCUACCGACUUUGAGGAACCAGAAGGCGCCAAAUAUGGAGGGGUUUUGUUGUGCGCAAAUGAGGAAUGCCAACGGCAACUUGGAUCGGUUUGUACUUACAACUGCACUGAGUUUCCAUUGAUGGGGCUCAAGAACUUCAGGGUUGUUGAUCAAUCUGGAAAAGGCCGUCAGUUUAAGAAAUGGAAUCAGGUCAAUUGCAGACUCGAGGAGUUUACAUUUGAUGAGUUGAAUGCUGUUGUUGCCGAAAGACUUGCCAUAGUGUAGGUUACUGGCAUUUUGCAUUUGACGGAACAUCUCGUUUUGUGAAAUAACAAACGGACUGUACUAAAUCUAGUUAUUCGACGCCCUUUUAAAUACUUGAUCAAAAGUUACAAUGUUGUUGAUUCUAAUGCGAUGGUAUUUGCAUUUUAAAAUGUACAAAAGCCUAUCUAAAACACUGAUUUCGCUGACAUUUGUUGAAAUAGUAUGUUUUAAAUUCGAUCAUUUUUUUAAUGUGUUAAAUUAAUAUCUGUAAAAUGAAGAUGUUGGUACUCAUGAAAGCUUCACAUAUUAAUGUCAUGCAUUUUGAUAAUUUGUACGUCGUAGCAACCAGGUCUUUAUAUACUAAGUGAUUGUGUGAUUAGCAAAGUUUAAACGCAGUGGCAACAAUAAAACAUGACGCUUUAAUUUUAAACUUUGUAAAUGUUGCGACAAGUGAGGUUAUGCGCAUAUACACUUGUUUAAACCUCCAUUUAACUCGUAGUCCAGAUAACUUGCGCUUCUUUGACUGAUCUAAGGUGGUAAUCCAAUCAUUCAUUGAUACAGCUAUUGUAAUGUAUGUGUGGUCUGGUUGUGGUGUCUGUGCAUUUGCGUCUCUCGUUCACUGUGUUUCGGCCCUAACUUUAUGCCUCUUAACAGGGGUUAUACUUGAUGUUUGUACUACUUAGCGUGUCCCUUCAGUUUUCAUUAUGGCAAAUUAUAGCAAGUUGUUGAUUUUGUUAAGAAAACACAACCCGUAUUAACUGAACGUUAUUUCUUUUAAUGGUAAUGGUGUGUGUUUUUUUUUUUCCAAAAAAGAGUCAAGUAGUAUGCACGUCAUUUUGCUGAUAUUUAAACAUUGAUUUGUCAGCCUCUUUCUACGCCCGAACCAAAACGAAUCGUAGGGCUUAUGUCUGAAUGUACCAAACCUUCUACAUGGUGAAUUAUUAAGGUACUUCAUGGCAUUAACACCAGGAACAUUUGUUUAACUUUGUCAAGAAGAAGAGUGUGUUACCUAUAGUACCUUCCUCUAUGUAUGUAAUGCAUUCAGAUAAAAGGUAUACCAAACGUUAAUGUCUAGUAUAAAGUAAUUCCCCAAUCUAUGCAUAUAGAUACAGGGUACAGCAUACCGUCCAUGUCUAGUAUCUAGUGAUAGUGCCUAAGGUUUCGUUAUACACAUACGCUUGUCAUUGCAAUAAUGUCAAAUGUUGAUGCCUAUUUACACAUUUAAUGUUCGUGUCAUUUUGAAGAAGUAUUGCCUACACAUAUUUUUAAUUAAUGUUGAACUACAACCAUUCUAGGCGAAAUAUGUGUGUUUGUUAUUUGUUUGGAAUAUUUUUCACACAUUCUUUCUAUGCACAUCAGCCUCUUUGAAACGACACCAAAGCGAUAUUGGGUUGGCAGGCAUUCAGAAUUCAUGGUCAAGUACAUCGAAUACCUUAAUAUUAGUCAAAUGUAAUAGCUGAGGCGAAAUUGUGGCAUGUGAAAUUCAAAUUUGUGUAAUAUAAGAUUAAUCAUCGUUGAAGCACUCGUCUGGUAUUGUGUCGGUUUAAACAAUAUUCAUUUUUUAUUUCCAGAUGUAUAAAGUUUGGUCAUUAUCAAAUCAUUCACUGUUGCAAUGAUACUUAUAAUAGGUAGACAGGUGAUAUAAGCAAAACAAAUUAACCAUGACAAAAUACAGAGCAUUAAAGCUUAUAACAUGUCUUGAUUUAGUAAUGUAUUGUGUGGGUCAGGUUUUUUCCCCCCAUUUAUGCGAGCAAUGAUCUAAAACCACAACUUUGUAUUUCCGCUUUAGUAUACAAAGUUUUUGGGUUUCUGAAUUUUUGACUACGGUGCUUGCUUCUGUAGUUUGUAUUGUAUUAUUCAUAAUGAAGUCACGUUUAUGUCAGGAAUUAGAUUAUGCUUGUCGAACUCGUCAUAAAGGACUUUUUUUUUUAUUUCAUCUCGUUUUUAAAAAAACCAUAUUUGAUGUAUUUAAAAGUCAAAUCUGUGAUUAUGUAAUAAAUUUCUGCA